AUGUCCUCCUCCUCCUCCCUCCUUUACUCCUCUCUUUUAUUAAUUACCUCAACGUUAAUUGCUUCUCAAAAGAUUGGAACAAUUCAAAUGAAUUUACACCAAUUUGCUCGUUGGGGAAGUAUUAAAAUGGGGGAUCAAACUUUCCAAGUUGCAUUCAAUAUUGGCUCUCCAAAUUCUUGGCUUAUAGCUAAAAAUGCUUCAUUUAAUUGGAACGAGCAAGGGUUACAACGUAAAAAAGUUAGAUAUAAUGGAAGUUCAAAAACAUCAAAACCUUUGGAAAAGAAAUUUGAUUUUGGUGGCCCUGUUGGGAAUUUGUAUACUGACACAUUGACGAUAGACUCCGUCCAAAUACCUCAAUUUCCUUUUGGAGCAGUUACUUCAGGAAUUCCCAGUCAAUAUCAAGACCCCUCUGGAUAUGAUGCUUUGUGCCCCAUCGAUGGAGAAUUUGGACUUUCCCCCGCCACUGGAACUUCAUCUUUAAAUUCAUUAACUAAAUCUUUGGACAAACCAAUUGUUUCUAUAUUUACAACAAAGUAA